UUAAAAAUACAUUUAACGUUACCCGUUGCCUUUAUAAAUAGAAACAUGACUCACAUAAAGUUAGCUAGUUUUGAAAAAUAAAGAUGGCAGCAUACGCGGCUUCUUUGAUAGCAAGAUGCCUUAUGAGUUAUUUAAAACACCAUACUUUCUCUAAAAGGAUGUUACACAAUGGAACCAUGCACAAGGGUCUUAUGACCCAUUGCAACGAAAUGUUGCGCUCUGAGGUUCUCCAUGAGAACCCUCAGCAGAUAUCUGUUCUUUGACAGUUAGAACAGCUACAUGAAGCAUGCUACAUUCAUGGUGAUAUUGGCUCUGGGAAAACGAUGCUCAUGGACUACUCUCACGUGAAGAUCAACAGGAAAAGAUGGCUCCAUUUUAAUUCUUUCAUGUUAUACACAGAAGUAAGGAUCCACAAGCUAAAACGGAGUCUGCUGAAGCGCAGGUUAGGCGAAAUGACAAUGUACGACCCCAUCUCUCCCGUUGCCAUGGAAAUCGGCACGGAGACCUGCCUCUUAUGCCUAGAUGAGUUUCAGGUGAUGGACAUCGCAGAUGCCAUGAUCCUGAAACAGCUUUUCGAGGGCUUGUUUGCAUGGUGCAUGGUGCUGGUGGCCACAUACAACUGGCCACCAGAAGAGCUGUACAAAAAUGGGCUUCAGAGGGCUGCUUUUGUGCCUUUUAUCGGCGUGCUCAAGGAACACUGCCAAACAGUCAGUCUGGACACUGGAAUAGACUUCCGCCAGUGGGAAAUGGAACCUGCAGGAAAGUUAUUUUACAUAUUGAGCGAACCUGGAGCAGAGGUUGCCGUGAAUAUGCUGUUCGAUGAGUUGGCUUACAGACAAAAUGAUGAGCCAGGGUACCUGAUGCUAAAUGUGCUAUCUGUGUGUCUCUAUACUAACCAGGCCAAGGGUGCUGACUUGUGCAGGAAGGUGACCCUAAGCAAGACUUGUGGAACCAUCACUGACUGCACCUUCCAAAAACUCUGUGAGAGCACCUCAGGCGCAAGCGAUUAUCCUCAGCUGGCACGUCAUUUUGACACGGUCAUCAUCCGCAAUGUGCCAUGGUUGAAAGUUGGACCGAGGGACCAAGCCAGGCGCCUCAUUACACUUAUUGCCAUCUUCUGUGACCAAAAGGUGAGGGUGGUAGUGUUGGCAGAGACCCCUCUGCACCUUCUGUUCGACUGGGGCCCUCUCUCAGGGAAUGAGGAGCGGGACCGCCUGAUGCUCGAUGCGCUUGGCCUGUCCAGUGAGGCAGGGAAGAGGCUAACAUUGUCCACAUCCGAGGAGGAAAGGUUCGCCUUACAAAGGGCGCUGUCCCGACUAACGGAGAUGCAGACAGAGCACUGCUGGGUUCAGGGAGAGCGACGUCAAACAUGA